AUGGCCGCCGAGAUGCUGACCUUCGGGCCGGAAUGGCUUCGGGCACUCUCCAGUGGGGGGACCGUGGCUUCCCCGCCAUCCUCCCCCGCCAUGCCAAAGUAUAAACUAGCCGAGUACCGAUACGGCCGGGAAGAGAUGCUAGCACUUUACGUCAAAGACAAUAAGGUCCCUGAGGAAAUGCAAGACAGGGAGUUUUCUGCCAUCCUGGAGGAGGACCCUCUGCAGCCCCUGGCCCUGGUACCCUUAACGGAAGAAGAACAGAGGAACUUCUCCAUGUCGGUGAACAGCGUGGCCGUGCUGAGGCUGAUGGGGAAGGGGGCCGGGGUGGCCCCUGCAGGGGUCUCCCGCGGGAGGGGCAGCACGCGGAGCCGAGGCCGCGGGCGAGGCGAGAGCGGCUUUUACCAAAGAAGCAUCGAGGAGACGGACGGCGGCGCCUUUGGCCGGGGUGGCCUCCGCGAAAUCCACCGCAGCCAGAGUUGGGAUGACCGGGGGGAUCGGCGUUUCGAGAAGCCCGUCCGGCGGGAAGGAGCCCGGGCCCCGUUUGAGGAGGGGGCUCCCUCCACCCGCAAAGACUUUGCCCGCUCGGAUAGCGACAACUGGCGCACGCUGCGCGAGGAGCACGAGGAGGAGGAAGAGGGAAGCUGGCGGCAGAGCGGGGCGUCCCGGCGAGAAAGCGAGCGCUGGCGGUCGGCCAGUCCAGAUGGGGGCCCUCGCUCGGCCGGGUGGCGGGAGCACGGCGGGGACGGGCGCCGGCGGAAGUUUGAUUUCGACUUCCGGGAACGGGACGAGGAGGCGCCAACGCGCGGCGGAGGGCGCCGUCACCGGCAUAGCAGCGAGAGCUUCGAGGACGAGAAGGACGGCCUGCCCGAGUGGUGCCUGGAGGACGAGACGGAGGAGAUGGGGACCUUCGACUCCUCGGGGGCCUUCAUGUCCCUCAAGAAGGGCCCCAAGGAGCUGCUCUUGGAGGACCAGGAGCUGAGCUUCCAGCCGCUGCCGGAGGAGCAGGAGGAGGAGGAGGAGGAGGAGGAGGGGCAGGAGGAGCAGCUGCCUGAGGCCAAGGAGGGGAACCCCAGGAGCAGCAGAGAGGUGCCCGUCAGCCCCACCGCCGUGGCAGAGAGAGAUCAAAAGGACCCCCGGCCAGGCCCAGAGGAGAAGAAGCUGCCUGCUCCCCCGGGCACCCCCUGGCAUCCCAGCCCCCCGUUCGGCCCCCUUGCCACCCCCAGCGCCGCCAGUGACUGUGAAAGCAUCGGACCGGGCAACUCUUCCAAAGCCGAGAAGCUGGCGCUGAUGCCCUCUGGCAACUCCGAGGCGGAGGCAGGAGACGGGGACCCUCUCGGCUGCCCUGCCCAGCCCGGCCCGGCCGUCGUCCCUCCCCUCCCCGCGGCCCCGUCUGCUGCUCCUGCCGCCGAGUUCACAGUGGGCGACAACGAGGACGAGGACGGGAUGAAGCACCUGCAGCAGGAAGCGGAGAAGAUGGUGGCCUCCCUGCAGGACAGCUCGCUGGAGGAGGAGCACUUCGGCCAGGCCAUCGCCGACCACCGCAACACGGCGGCCGCCUUGCCCCUCUCCCACGAAGCAGCCAUGAAGUGGUUCUACAAGGACCCCCAGGGGGAGAUCCAAGGACCCUUCACCACCCAAGAGAUGGCCGAAUGGUUCCAGGCGGGCUACUUCACCAUGUCGCUCUUGGUGAAGCGGGGCUGCGACGAGGGCUUCCAGCCCCUGGGAGAAGUGAUCAAGAUGUGGGGAAGAGUGCCUUUCGCACCCGGUCCAUCCCCCCCACCGUUACUGGGGAACAUGGACCAGGAGCGCCUGAAGAAGCAGCAGGAACUGGCAGCUGCCGCCAUCUACCAGCAGCUCCAGCAUCAGCAGUUGCUUCAGCUCGUCAACAGCCGGCAAUACGCCCAGUGUGGCCUCCAGCAGAAGGGGUCCUCGGGGGAUCUGGCCCAGCAGCAGCAGCUCACCACCUUCCUGCAGCAGCUGCAGGCGCUCAAGCCCAGAGCUGGGGAGCAGGGUCUGAUCCCCUCCAUGAACCGAUCCAUCUCUGUGCCAGACACUGGGUCCCUCUGGGACACACAUACCUCAGCUUCACCGCAAGCAGGCGGUGAAGCCAGUUUGUGGGAUAUUCCAAUUAAUUCUUCAACUCAGGGUCCGAUCUUAGAACAACUUCAACUACAACAUAAACUGCAAGAGCGCCGAGGGGCCGAACUCAGGGCUAAGCGGGACGAGGACGAACGGAAGCGGCGCGAGGAGGAAGAGCUCUACCGGCGCAAGCAGCGGGACGAGGACGAACGGAAGCGGCGCGAGGAGGAAGAGCUCUACCGGCGCAAGCAGGUCCGCCACCAGGAGAUGCUGCUGAAGCUCCUCCAACAGCAGCAGCAGCAGCAGCAGCAGAGCACGCAGCCCCUCUGGGGGGGCCUGGCCAAGCAGAGCCCCUCCCUGAAGGCCCUGCUGGAGUUGCAGCAGGAGAGCGAGAGGCACCUGCAGAAGCCGGCCCAGCCCGCCCGGGCCCAGCAGCGAGCGCAUGGUGGACACGGUCUGAGCAGCCUCCCCUCUCAGUGGGCUUCGGACGUGGGUUCCCUGUGGGGCAGCCAUGACAAGGCCGGCCCGCUCGGCCUCUGGGAGGAGAGCAUGAAGGGCCCCGGCCCCCUGGCCCGCAACCUGGGCCUCAGGAACAGCCGGAGCAGCCCCUCGCUAGGGGACACGUAUUCGGUCUCCAGCCGGCAGAGCAGGAAGAAAACGGACGAGGAGGAGAAGCUGCUGAAGCUGCUGCAGGGCAUCCACAAGCCUCCGCAGGACGGCUUCACCCAGUGGUGCGAGCAGAUGCUGCACGCCCUCAACGUCUCCAGCAGCCUGGAUGUGCCCACGGUGGUAGCUUUCCUGAAGGAGAUGGAGUCGCCCUACGACGUCCAUGACUGCAUCCGCUCCUACCUGGGAGACACCCUGGAAGCCAAAGAGUUUGCAAAGCAGUUCCUAGAGCGCCGUGCCAAGCAGAGAGCCAAUCAACAGCGGCAGCAGCAGCAGGCCUCGUGGCUCAGCUCCAGCAGCCUGCAGUCGCUCUUCCAGGCCAACCACAGCCCCAAACCGCCAUCCUUCGAGAACAGCCAAGCCGUGAAGAUCAAGAGGCGCCCGGUGAUGCUGCACGCAGACCCCAGCAUCCUGGGCUACGCUCUUCAUGGCGCCUCCAGCGAGCUGGAAACCGUGGAGGACUAUUGAGCCCCUCCCUCCCU